AUGCCUACUGCACUGGACGGCAUCACACAAACGCUUGAACUUGCAAAUGAGAAGCGCAUCAAGAUCGUACUGAAUGGAGGUGCUUUAAAUCCUAAGGGUUUGGCGGAGAAGACGCUUGCGAUGAUCGAGGAGAAAGGACUCGAUCUGAAGGUUGCAUACGUGUCUGGAGACGAUUUGAUGGGAAGAGUCGAUUUUAUCCUCGAAAACUUGAGGGCGGGCAAAUACAAGCAUCUGGAUGAAGACAACGCCGGCGUCCAUCUUGAUGACAUCGCCACCCGGUUUCUUGAGACCUCUUCCAUGCCCAUUGUAUCAGCUAAUGCAUACCUGGGGUACCGGCAUCAGUGGAAAGAUGAUGACUUCGAUCAGCUUGCGGGCGCGUUAAUCGCUGGUCAUCUGAUCGAAUGCAGCACUUACGUGACCGGCGCUAAUUUUGCUGGCGCGUACAAAUACAAUGUGGAGAGCCUCAAGAAUCUCGGAUUACCCAUAGUUGAGAUUCUAAACAACGGAGAAUGCGUUGUGACCAAACAUGACGCUUUGAAUGGGGUCGUUACAGCCGACACAGUCAAGUGUCAAUUUCUUUACGACGUUAAGGCAGAUAUCAGCAAUACGCGCAUCGUCAACGAGCGUGAACCCAAUCGUGUCCACGUGUCGGGAGUCAAAGGUUACCCUCCUCCAUCAACGACCAAACUGGCCAUCUUCUAUGAAGGCGGAUACCAAUGCGAAAUGUUUCUCAACGCAACCGGUCAUGCAACAUCAUGGAAAUGGGAUUAUCAGGAAAUGCAGUUGCGCGGUAAACUUGAAGAAUGGGGCGUUUUGGACGCUUUUCAGGAGCUAGACUUUCAGAGAUGUGGAGUACCCAAGGAAAAUCCGGACUCGCAGUUGGCCUCGACAACCUUCUUGCGAAUCUUUGCGCAGGCCGAAACAUCUGCUCCCCUGGAGAAGUUCUUUCAUGCGUUCUUUUACAACGGCAUGCAACACUUUGCAGCUACGAUCCUUCAGAGCGAGUUGGAUGAAGGCGUCCACAUUUUGAGCUCUGACAAGGAGAGCCAAUUCUACAGUGUUGGUUCUCCACAGAACACAGAAAGCUUGAGUCCGCGUGAUUCGUACGAUCCCAGGAAUCCGAUCGCCCUCGGUGACUUUGGCGAGACAGUCAGCAUGCCUCUUGGAGACAUCGCUCUUGCAAGAUCAGGAGACAAGGGAGGCAACGUCAACUGUGGUUUCUUUGUACAGACGAAGGAAGAGUGGGAUUGGCUUCGCUCGCUGUUAACAAUCGAUAAGAUCAAGAAGCUCAUGGGCAAGGACUGGAAAGACUCGUAUGCGGUUGAGAGGAUCGAGUUUCCGGAGAUCUAUGCUGUCCACUACGUCAUAUACGGUCCACUGGGUCGAGGAGUGAGUAGUUCGAAGCUCUUGGACAGCCUCGGCAAGGGCUUUGCAGAGUUCAUUCGCGCGGUUCACGUGGAUGUGCCAAAGAAGUUUCUCAAGAGCAAUGGCGUUGUUUAG